GUAACUGUUUUCUUCAAAUAAGUCUUUAUCACGAUACCUGUCAUUUGUCAUUACACGUAUCAACCCAGAUUGCCGGUAAUGACACACCAAAAGACAGCGAUGCUAAUCGAUCUGGGGAAGGGACUUCAGAUAGGUUUAGAAAUGUCCGGAGCAUGAGAUCCGCUACAUUUGGGUUUGAUUUUGUUGCUAGACUUGUUACAAAUCUGAGCUUGUUUAUAUCUAAUACUGUAUGUUGUAAAGAUCAGAAAACCCAUGAUACGACUGACCCAGCUUAUAUUUUGGAGCUUAGACGCAACUUUCUCGAAUAUCUAAAAAACAAACUAGAUCAUGACAGUAAUGAAGCACAAACUAUCUCGGUGACUCAAUCGCCAGGCUGCCAAGUAUCUAUUACAAAAUACGAAUUUUUGGAAUAUGUUUUUUGGCCUGCUAUACGAGAUUUGACUUCAGCAAUUAAGUGUAACGGAAUGCAACGUAAUAUGUUUCGUCUUUAUGACAUCGAUAAUAUCUUUUUAUCCGGCUUUUCAGUAGAGGCAAAGAAAGAAACGAGUGAUUUUCUUGAAAGGAUUGUUAUAAAAACAUUGUCCGAGGCUCUGAGUAUCCCAAGAAGCCGUAUAUGUUUGUCUGAUGCCAGCGGUAAAGAAGCCUUAUUAGGUGCAGCGUACUAUGGUAACUACCCCGAGACCUUUACAGAGCGGGUUUCUAGAAGGUCUUAUGCUAUUCAGGUUUGUGGUUACAAACGUCAAAAGUUUGAAAUUGACAUAGAGAAGAACAUAUCGGAAAUGAAGCUAAAGGGAGGGAAAAACGUGAAGAAUGAUAUAUACAAUGAAGAAGCAGCAAAUGCAUACAGUGAUUUGGAUAAACCAGUAAAGCUUUACUAUCAGUCAUCCUAUAAUUCAUCUUCAAAAGAUAGUAAUUCUUUAAGAAACCCUGAAGAUGUAACACGUCUUAUCAGUAGAGGUGAUAAGAUUACGGAACACAAUCAAAUGCAUGGAAUUGUGAAGAGAUUUUAUGCCGAGGAAGAAUGUAUCGUCUAUGCCAGUAAGUCUAUAUCACACAUAAUACUAUAUUGAAUCCUCAUAUAACUUUUGUACAUUAAAGCAAUUUACUCUUCUGAUGAUCCUACCUCAAUUGAAAACGGAAGCAAACAUGAUUGUUCAGGCUUUUACAAGAUCCACCAAUUCGAGCUUUAUAUUAAACGCGAUAUAGAUGACCCAAUCACUGCAGCUCCUGGAUCUCGACUUCAUUUUGAUGUAGUUCUAAAGUUUGAUAAAGAUGAG